UUUGAUUUGACAGGCAACAAAAAUUGCGGCGUGGAUUUAUGGUUAAAAAAUUCCAACAUACAACUGUUGCUUGUAAAAUUAUACACUUUUUAUCUUAAUAUUUCACGGGAUUUGCUACAGUGGCCAGUAAUCGCGCUAAAAGUUGUGUAUGUCAAGAUAAUGUGUGAUAAUUCAAAAGUUUUGAGACAAAGUUUAUGCAUAUCAUUGUUCUUAGCGCUCAGCCGUGGGUUUCUUACGCUACGUGGUUUAUAGCAGUGGAUGAGGAGGUGGAAAUGUUGCCGUCAGUGUUAGUUUUGUAUGGAUCUAAAGAGAACUAUAUUUGAUUGUUUGGAACAAAAACAUUGUUUAGUUAAGUUACAAGAUGUAUCCAACUCCGGCGCGGCACCCGUCUUCUGCUGUGAGGGGCCCCCAGCCUUCGGGUGGAGCUAUAAAAUUCACUAUAGCAGACAACUUAGAGCGUAUAAAAGAAGAAUUUAACUUUUUACAAGCACAGUAUCACACUUAUUGUUGCAGGUUAAAGCUAGAGUGUGAAAAGUUGGCCAAUGAGAAAACUGAAAUGCAAAGACACUAUGUUAUGUACUAUGAAAUGUCGUACGGCCUAAAUGUUGAGAUGCACAAACAAACGGAAAUAGCGAAGCGUCUGAACGGCAUCAUCGGGCAGGUGCUGCCGUUCUUGGCACAGGAGCACCAGCAGCAGGUCGCAACAGCAGUGGACAGAGCUAAGCAGGUCACUAUGUCUGAACUUAAUGCUAUUAUCGGGCAACAACAACAACAUGGCCUCCAGCAACUGCUUCAACAGAUCCACGCUUCAGCGGGUUUACCUCACGGAGUCGGCGGUGCGGGGGCGUUGUUGGGCGCGGGAGGCCUCUUGUUCCCCAGCGCAGGGCCCCCACCCGCCCCACAUUUACCGCCGCCCACGCAUAAGGUGGAAUUGCCUCCCCCCACGGAUGUAAAACCGCCCGUAUUACCAGGAGGGCCCGCACCUCCCCCCUUGCAGCCGGGACAACCCCCGCCUCGGGAAGAUGAGCGAAUCUCCUCACGUGGCAUGAGUCAACAGCAGCAGAGGCGCUCGGUUUCACCGCACGAGCGCGAACAAAAGUACCGGCCUCGUUCGCCCAACGAACCAGAACCCUUGGACGCCAAACGGCGCAAGGAGGAGAAGGUCGGCCAUGUGAGUCUGUGUAGUGACAGUGAUGCGGAGAAAAGCGACCAGGACCUGGUUGUUGAUGUAGCGAAUGAGGAGGAACGAGGAUCUCCAAGUGUCAGAACGGAAGGUGGUGAGAGGACAGAGAACGGACCCCGACCGCCUUCAAGGUCUGGCUCUUCAUCAAGUCGCUCAACACCUAAAAGUUCUAAAGACGAAAAACCCGGUACGCCAGGUAGUAAAAACCGUGCCCCUACGCCUACGGGGCGAUACGCAUUCCCCUCUUACGCGGCCUACAGACCACCGCUGCCGUACGACGGAGCGAUGGCGAGAACCAACGGCAUGCCACCCGCUAAACCCGCGUAUUCGUACCACACGUGCGGCGGUCCGCUACAGCCCGUGCCGUUCCCCGCGGACGCACUAGUUGGGCCAGGGAUCCCGCGGGGAGCGCGGGUCGUGGCCGCACUGCCGCACGGCGAGGUGGUCUGCGCCGUGGCCCUAUCGCUGAGUAGCACUGCGAGACACGCGUACACGGGCGGCAAAGGCUGUGUGAAACUGUGGGACAUCACCAACCCCGGCUCGCCGACCACGCUGGAACCUCUGUCGCAGUUGGAUUGUCUACAAAGGGACAACUACAUAAGAUCAGUGAAGCUUUUACCGGACGGACGAACGUUACUAGUGGGGGGUGAAGCGUCCAACCUGUCAAUAUGGGACCUGUCGUCACCAACUCCGAGGAUGAGGGCGGAGCUCACCUCAUCAGCGCCUGCGUGUUACGCUCUAGCCAUCAGUCCAGAUUCCAAGGUCUGCUUCAGCUGUUGUUCAGACGGCAACAUAGCGGUAUGGGAUCUACACAAUCAAACCUUAGUUAGGCAAUUCCAAGGUCACACGGAUGGCGCGUCGUGUAUAGAUAUAAGUCCAGACGGCACGCGUUUGUGGACUGGCGGGCUGGACAACACAGUGCGAUCCUGGGACUUGAGAGAGGGCAGGCAGUUACAUCAGCACGAUUUCAACAGUCAGAUCUUCUCGCUAGGAUACUGUCCCACUGGUUCAUGGCUGGCGGUGGGUAUGGAGAACUCCCACGUGGAAGUGUUACACGCGGGCAAACCGGACCGCUACCAGUUAGUUCUGCACGAGUCCUGUGUACUCUCCCUCCGGUUUGCGGCCGCGGGUAAAUGGUUCGUCUCUACGGGCAAGGACAACCUACUGAACGCGUGGCGAACGCCAUACGGAGCUAGUAUAUUCCAGACAAAAGAAUCAUCAUCGGUGCUCAGUUGUGAUAUAUCGGCGGACGAUAAGUUUAUAGUGACUGGUUCAGGUGAUAAGAAAGCAACAGUGUAUGAAGUUAUGUACUGAUACAGUGAAGUGGUACAAGUGAAGUGAAAAUCUCAGUAGGCGGUAAAGACGGGUUUCAUACUGUCCAGUGGAGGUUGCACCCGUGGGUGCAACAGUGGGUCAAAUAAAUGGUCUAUUACA